GAUUCCUGAGAGAGAGAGAGACAUUGAGAAAAGGGAAGGGAGGAGAGAGACUGUGUGUGCGUAUGAGCUCUUGGCAGUGAGCCAGUGCCACUGUAAAAAUAAAGCAAAAUCAGGCUAGGAGUGUACGAUUGUGCAUCCAAUUUUCUUUCUUAUCUUCCUUUCACUGGGCUUUGUAAAAUUUCUUGCUUUUUGCGCCUCAAGAUAUUUCCUUCUCUGACCAUGAGCUCUCUGGAACCAAUUCAUGGCCUCUUCUUCCAUCCCAAAAUGUGUAGGAGGCUAAUCGUCGACAGUAGUUGUGGUGAUUAACUAGGAAUAUUGAAAAUGUCGGUGUUGCUGUGAAAAAAAAGGUUCAGGGGUGGAAGAGCUCCUCGCAGGCUCACGGAAAUUUGUCGCUCCUCCUACCGCCGGCGACUACUUUGAGGGUCUCUGGCGAGCACCAACUUCUUCAAAAGAGGGGGCUUGUUCGUUGUACGGCGAAAAAUCCUUUUCCCCAUUUUUAUCUGAGAAAAGGCGAUCGGUGGCUGAACUGCCCAAUUUUUUCUAUUCGCCGGUAAUUUCGAGGCCGCUGAGGCGCUGAUCCCUGAUCAGGCGGAGAUGAUAGACUUCGGAAGCUGAAGCUAGCUAUUUUGUGCGGAGCUAUAUUCUGCAUUGCUGAAUUUUUGAAGCUGCUGGGCUCAAUCUUGAGGUGCGUGGGCUCAAUCAUUUCUUCCUUCAAGAAAACCUGAUUGAUUUGUGUUCCUAAUAGCUUGCUAUGGACUUGAGCAAAGGUCUGACAUUGAAGCAGCAGCAACAAAAUUUUGAGGUCCAACAACUAUGGGUACCAACAACACCGGCGAAAACCGUUCCAGCAAGUAGCCAGAAGAUUCAGCUUCCUGGGCCAAGCUGGCUUAAACCAGCUGUGCUGGUGGCCAAUGGAGCUCAAGACACUGCAACUCCACAGGGACUUACAAGCCAGCAUGGAAGCUCUAGUUCAUCAGACCUUCCCAGCCAACCGCAAGAUUUCAAAGGCAAUCACUAUUCCUUGGAAUGCUGGUCACCUUUACUGUGUCACAAUGUUAAUGUGGCCUUCAAUGUGGCUGGAACAAGCAAGGUGUCACCUUGUCCUCCCUUGUUGGUGCAGAUUGGCGAUCACCAGGAGAUGCCUUCUCCCCAAAACAAAUUGUUGCUCAAGGAUAGUAUACCUAUCACCUCCCUUCCUAAUUAUGAUUCAUUACCAGAAAGCACAAUGAGUGUUUCUAAGACAAUGACCAUGUCUGCUCCGGCAACCCCAUCAACCACAGAAAGGUUCUACAAAAGGAUGCAUGAUAAGCAGCCAUCAUCAGAAGUAACUGUCUUAGUUACAGAGGGGGCAAGAGAAGAAAAUUUGAUGGCAAAGGAGGUUUCCUCAUCUCAGCAGACAUUGGAGAAGCUUGUGAGUGGUAAGGACAUAAUUGUGCUCUCAGAAGAGGCCUCUGAGAAGCCCAUAGAGGUUCAAAAGAGCAUCAUUGAGAGAAAGAAUAUUGGAAUUGACUUGAAUGUUGUAACUCCGAAGAAUAGACCACAGAGGAAAAAGCACAGACCAAAAGUGUUCAACGAAGGAAAGCCUUCAAGAACACCUAAGUCAGCCACUCUUCAGCCAGAGACAGAAGAACAAAGGGGACAGAAAGGAAGUACCUCUUUCAAAAAGAAAUAUUCCCGGAGAAAGAAGGAUGUGACUCAGUCUCCAGAGAAUGCACUGGAAGAGAUUGUUGAUGCAGAAAGCAAGGGAGAGGCAAAAUCUGUGAGAAGGUGCCUGAACUUUGAUGGCGAGGGACAACAGGCAUUCAAUGAAUACUCAGAUGCAAUGCCAAUGUUUAAUAAGGUACUUGGAGCUCCUGUUCUAGACGAAUGUGAUGAAAGUGCUGUAACAAGUUCAAGCAUGAAAGAAACAACAGAUUCCAUCAGAGUACAAUAUCAAGUGGCAGUGAAACCAUCAGCAGGUACCGUCUCCGUCUCUGACCUUAGUAGUUCACCAUAUCAGUCAAAGAAUGAGUGCUCAAAAUUGUUACAAAUUCCGGUACUACCUGCUGAAAUAAACAAAAAUAUGUGUGCUUCAAAUAAACAAAUGCCAUUUUUAAAGUCAUCAGUAAAACAUUUCAAGGCACUAGCAAGGGAAACUGCUUGCUUGGACUUGGCUGCUGUCAAUUCUCAAAGCUCCUCAGAAGUUGCUCAGAGGAAUUUCAAUCCCAACAGAAUCUCUGAUGCUCCACCGAAAGAAACCAAAAAGUUUCACCUUCCCUUUGAUGCAGCUAGGGUGUCAGAUCAAAAAACAAUCAUGCAUUCGUACAAUCUUCGAGGCUUUUCCAGCAACAACUAUGAUGCGGAGAGAAAAGACUCAUGCACAAUGAGGAUUCACAAAAGAAUAAGAAUGGAAAACAGGGGCGAUAAUGAAGAAAAUCCUAAUGUUUCUCGUAAAUUCAUAUGCACUUCAGCAAACACUUGGAAGAUAAAGCAACUGUCAAAUAGCUUGCAGGAUUUCACAUUUGCACGUUCACAAAGGUUUAUGAACCAAGAUAAGGUGCAAGAUUCAAGGAACAUAUUUUCUUUUGACCAAGCAGAACGGUAUGUACAAAACCAUCCGGCUUUAGGAACCGGUGAGGCCUCCUUACGUAGCUCUAGGUGUUCCAGCAGGAAGUUAUCUCCUGUCAAGCCAUCCAAGAAGAAGAAUUACAACAUUGGUUCCCUUCCAGAAAAAAAUAUUGUUGAGGGAGGUUCUUUGUCCACCAAAAGUAUGAAUGGGAAGAAUUUAAAUCCUGAAACAUUUUCAAUAGACUGCCACAGUUCUUGCUAUUAUAAUGUCUCAGCUCCUUCCAACAUUUCCUUAGGAACAUUAGUUCCCUUUAAGAAUCCUUUGGAUGAUAUUGUACAAAAACUAAGAUGUCUUAGCAUAAGAAGCUGUGAUGAAGUUUCCAGUUAUCAAGCACCAAAUGCAGUAGUUCCAUAUGUUGGUCAUGGGGGUAUGAUGGUUACCUACGAGAGAAAUUUCCAUCUGAUUAAGAGACCACGUCCUCGGGCUAAGGUUGAUUUGGAUCCAGAGUCGAAUAAAGUUUGGAAGCUUUUGAUGGGAAAAGAUUGCAGCAGUGGGGAUGUUCAUGAACAUUCAGAUGUUGAUAAAGAUAAGUGGUGGGUCGACGAAAGGAGAGUUUUCCGAGGACGGGUAGAUUCAUUUAUUGCUCGAAUGCAUCUUGUUCAAGGGGAUAGGCGCUUCACUCAAUGGAAGGGUUCAGUUGUAGAUUCAGUUGUUGGUGUCUUUCUUACACAGAAUGUGUCAGAUCAUCUAUCAAGCUCUGCAUUCAUGGCCCUUGCUGCAAAUUUCCCUCUAUCAAGAGGCAAAUGUAGUGUACAAAAUGGAGAAAAGGUAAGCAUAUCCACAGAGAGCCAAAACGGAUGCAUCAUAUCAUUUAUCGACACUCCGAAAUUGCAAAGGAACAUAUUGGAUCAUGGCUCAUUGCAAUGUUCUUGGGAAGUUAAUGUUGCUGAAAAUGGGGAUCAAAAGGAAACCAGCAAUUGUAGUGAAACAGUUGGGAGCAUUACCACAAGUAGCAUUACCUAUUACUCUAGACAAAAAGGUAAAGGAAAAAAUUCAUAUUUACAUGAAAAAGAGGCAACUUUAUAUCAAAAAUCAACUAUUAGUGGAUCUGGUACAAACCUAGCAGAAAUGGAGAAUAUAAAAUUGUCGGAAGAUGCUGACACAUCCCAAAAUUCUGCAGUUUCAUCUCAGAACUCCGUGGGGUUUCAUGUUCCAUCAAAUGAACAUAUUGGAUCAAACUCAUUUUUAAAUCUUGAAGAAGAUGAUUUAUUGAGUGGAAGCAAUGAUGCCAUAGGCAAUUCUUCAUUUACAAAACUUCUUCAGAUAGCAGAAAGCCGCAGUUUCGAGGAGUUUUACAGUCGCGAAAGUGGAAUGAUUUCGGCAACUAAAAAUCAAGAGUCAAACCCGACAAUUGAAAAGAAUUCAUCACUUUGGAGUCAAUUGGAUAACUCCAAUGGUGACUACCAAGCAUUGAAUGCUGAGUACAGUCUCCAUGAUGCAGUACUUGGUUUAUCAGAUAUGUCGCCUCCUACAGAGCUUUGCCAAUUUGAUGAUGUCUUUCACUCCAAAAUCAUGGUAAACAAUGACAAUUUCUUAAAAGAUAUUAGAUCUCAUUUACUUUCAACCAGCUGUGAAAUAAUAAGUGGUGAUGAAUUUGAGGUAAUGAGCAAAAAACGUAGUGAAUCAGAAGGAAGUGUGGCUGAAUCUACCAAUCUUCAUAAGAUGCUGUCAUCUUCUAAAACUGCAACAAAUAUUGAUUCAUGUGUGACAAUAAGCAAGCUAACUACGCAGAUGGAAGUCGAUGCUUAUCUGUAUUCUGGUAAUCAUAAAAACACGGCAAAAGAUAUCAUAGAUGCCACAAAGAAUGAAAAUCCAGAGCAGAAAGAUGGAAACUCAAUAUUCAAAGCAGAAAUAACUCAUAAUGCAGUUCAAGCUCCGGAUAAAUUAGAGACAUGCAGAAUCCAGCAAAAAUCAGUCUCAAAUAACAAAAUAGAGCGUAAUCUGGAUGUGUCUGACCAAGCUGGAUCAAAUCUGAAAGCUGAAACUUGCAGUUUUCCAAUAGUUUCACCAGAAACACCAAUUUCUGCAGCAAAAACUAGGAAACGAAAACAUGAAGUUGAAAAUGAUAGUUAUGACUGGGAGAGCUUGAGGAAAGAGGUAUUUUAUACUAAACCAGCACAAGAGAGAAGUAGCACCACUAUGGAUUCGCUAGAUUGGGAAGCAGUAAGGAUUGCAGAUGUUAGCAAGAUUGCUGAAACCAUCCGGGAACGUGGAAUGAAUAAUGUACUGGCAGAGAGAAUCAAGGAGUUUCUGAAUCGACUUGUUAGAGACCAUGGAAGCAUAGACCUUGAGUGGUUAAGAGAUGUUCCACCAGAUAAAGUCAAGGACUACCUCCUAAGCAUAAGAGGAUUGGGCCUGAAGAGCGCAGAAUGUGUUCGUCUUUUGACGCUACAACAGUUAGCUUUUCCAGUUGACACCAAUGUUGGUCGCAUAUGUGUAAGGCUUGGAUGGGUUCCACUCCAACCAUUGCCUGAAUCCCUUCAACUGCACCUUUUGGAGCUGUAUCCCGUGUUAGCGACCAUUCAGAAGUACCUUUGGCCUCGACUUUGCAAGCUUGACCAGCGGACACUGUAUGAACUGCACUAUCAGAUGAUUACCUUUGGAAAGGUUUUUUGUACAAAAAGAAAGCCAAAUUGUAACUCAUGCCCCAUGAGAGGUGAAUGCAAACAUUUUGCAAGUGCAUUUGCGAGUGCAAGACUCGCCCUUCCAGCUCCUGAAGACAAAAGUGUAGUAGUGAGUUUCACAACUCCAAUUGCCUAUGAGAAAAGCCACGCUCUUAUAAAUCGAGCACCACUUCCUCAGCUUGAAGGAAGCUCAAAUUCACAGGACUGCACCAUUCAGAAUAAUUGUGAGCCUAUUGUAGAAGAACCAGAAUCACCAGAACCAGAAUGUCCAGAAGCUUUGGAAAGAGCAAUUGAAGAUGCAUUUUAUGAAGAUCCAGAUGAAAUUCCUACAAUAAAGCUCAAUUUGGAAGAGUUCACACAGAAUAUUCGGAACUAUAUGGAAGAAAAUAUGGAGCUCCAAGAUGCCAGUUUGUCAAAGGCUUUGGUUGCUUUGACCCCAGAGGCUACUUCCAUCCCAAUGCCCAAGCUGAAAAAUGUGAGCCGCCUACGGACGGAGCAUCAAGUAUAUGAAAUUCCAGAUACACAUCCACUGCUGGAAGGGGUGGACCAAAGGGAGCCUGAUGAUCCAAGCCCAUACCUUCUUGCUAUAUGGACACCAGGUGAGACGGCACAGUCAACUGAACCACCAAAAACUUGCUGCAACUUGCAAGAUCCGGAUCAACUUUGUGAAAGGAGCACGUGCUUUGCUUGCAACAGUAUACGAGAAGCAGAGUCUCAUGAAGUUCGAGGAACACUAUUGAUACCUUGUCGGACUGCAAUGAGGGGAAGCUUUCCACUUAAUGGUACCUACUUUCAAGUUAAUGAGGUAUUUGCUGAUCACUAUUCAAGCUACAACCCCAUUUAUGUUCCAAGAGCCUGGAUAUGGAAUCUGCCUAGAAGGACCGUUUAUUUUGGAACCUCAAUACCUACAAUAUUUCGAGGUUUAACAACCGAAGUGAUACAACAAUGUUUUUGGAGAGGUUUUGUUUGUGUGAGAGGAUUUGACCGUGUUACAAGGGCACCAAAGCCUUUAUAUGCCAGACUGCACUUCCCAGCAAGCAAAGCACCUAAGAACAGGAAAGCUGCAGAAUCAAAGGUGGAAAAAUAGAGCAGUAGCUAAGAUCUUACUAAGAUCUAUCAAACAUCAAUCUGGAAGAUGAACUACUGAUCAACAAGCAGCAGUGUAUUCAUGACAAAACAUCUACUAAGGAAACUCAUCAAUAGUCAUCCAAAUAUUGGUCAGGUGGGGUGAAAUGAAAGCCACUAAUUUUAAUCUGUAAAAUCCUGUUCAUCAAAUUAAUUUAAAUGCUCAGUUUUCUAGCCAUUCUUCUUGAUGGAUAAAUCAGCAGAGGUUGGGUCGUUAUUUUUAUUUUUCAGCAAACAUGCUUAAAACUAGGAGAGGAAGAUUCAAGCCUACGACAAUUUUCAUUGCCUUGAGGUAUGUAACAAAUUUAGCUUACGUUUGUAGAUCUUAUAGAAGCCGGUCACUUGAGCUAUCAACUAGUUGAUAGCUAAAAUUAGGAGUAAAGUUUUUUCUUUUAUUUCAA